CAAAAUUCUAAGGAGUGCAUUGUAUUAAAAAAAAAUAAAUUUAUGACGUUUUGAAAAUUUCGAGUGUUAUCAGCAUUCUUCCCGGAAUCAAUUUUGAGUCGACUCCGCAGCCCUGCUUCGAACCGUUCAAUACCAAAUGAGGUUUCAGACAGGGAGACAGCCUAUCAUGUGAUCUCUUCAAUAUCAUGCUGGAGAAGAUUAUACGAGAUGCAGGUGUGAAUAAGCAUGGCACUCCUCUCACAAGAGAGCAUAUGCUUCUCGUCUAUGCCGAGGACAUCGAUAUUAUGGUUCGGUCACCGGAAGAAGCAAUAGCAGCCUUUGAAAAUAUCGAAAGGGAAUCAACGAAAUUGGUUUUGGCAGUAAAUGCAGUAAGACAAAGUGGAUGAUACCAACUCCCCCAAAUCCCUGUAAACUCGAGCAGAUAAGGAAAUGGAAAAACUUGGGAACCACAACUUUGAGAUAGUCAGCAACUUUAUCUACCUCGGCACCGCCGCAGCCGUAACAAAUGACAGGAGUUUUGAAAUAAAACGAAGGAUAAUACUGGCUAACAGAUGCUACUUUGGAUUGAGCAAGCAGCUGAGGAGCAAAGUCACCUCUCGAUAGAUGAAAAUUACUCUGUACAAGACAGUGACACUACCCGUGCUGUUGUAUGGCUCUGAAGCAGAUGAGGCAGUACUUGGAGUGUUCGAGAGCAAAAUUCUUCAUAAAAUAUUUAGACCGAUCACACUGUGACCAGAGAAUAGCAGCAAGCCAACUUAAAAAUAGUUCGCAUCAUGCGCAUGUGUCGCCGACAAAAAGGCGUCAGCAACACACAAACAGGUAACAGCUGAAAGCCAUACAAACCAUUCCCGUGAGGCAUUUGACAACGCUCAAUCUCAUGUACGUAUUUUCCAAAAAAGGUUGUGGAAGGUAGCAAACAAAAACUAAAAGAUGCAAAAAUAUGAAAUAACAUUACCAAGGUAAAUUUGAAUAUAAUUACAGGAAGAAAUUUCAUAUGCUGCAGUGGUAUAGGAGAAAUUAUUGUAGUUAUAAACUUUUCCAAAUCGAAUAGGCCGAACAUACAGCGUUAAACGUCCUGAAAUGUGGAGUACAAAAAUGGAGAGCAUGCCGAGAUAUGAGCACAUGCAAUAGCCAGUAGCAGCAGUAAUCCUGCCAAAGAAGUUCUGCUUACAAUCUGGGCAUAGUACUGAAAGGAAGGGAAGAUAAUUGGCUAUCUAAGAGACAGACCUAAUGGCAAAGUUCAAAUUUAGUCUAAAUUUUCUCGGAAAUCGCGCAGGUAGCGUACUUAACAGCCAAUUUCGACAUCAAGUCUUGGCCACAUUAACGGUUUGCAUUUUGACGUUUUCGCAUGGAGUAGGUUUAGGAUGGCUUUCCCCAACACUCUCGAAAUUGCAGUCGGAUUCUUCACCUUUGGAUUUUCCUGUGUCCGUUGAUGACGCUUCUUGGAUUGGCUCGUUACUGGGGCUCGGCAGCCUCUUGGGAAAUAUAGUAAUUGGAUUUCUGCAAAACAUUAUCGGACGGAAAGCCUGUAUCUACAUAUUGGCACUACCACAUAUCAUUUUGUGGGUGCUCAUAUACUGCGCGCAUAACGUCGAUCUCUUAAUGAUUGGCCGCUUUCUUGGAGGUUUCACAGGUGGCGGUUGUUACGUCGUUUUUCCACUCUUCAUAAGUGAAAUAGCGGAUGCCAGCAUACGAGGAACUCUUUCAACCAUGCUUAUGUUGUCUGUGAACUUUGGUGUUCUACUUGGUUUUAUAGUAUCGACACAUGUAGCAUACCACAUCAUACCAUUUUGCAUAGUGACACUGCCGAUUGCUUACUUGCUGCUGGCACUCAUAUUUCCAGAAACUCCACAACAUUUACUGAGGAAGAAGCAGUACAUUUCAGCAGAAGAAUCGUUCAAGUUUUAUAGAAAUUGCGACGCAGAUAACAAGCAAAAAUGUAACGAAGAUUUCGACAACCUUAAAUCACUUAUUGAUAAUCGAAAUGAAGGAGGGUCCGUGUCCUAUAAAGAUUUUGUGACAACCGACGCUCUUAAAUGUUUCGCAACCUCAGCUGUCCUUCUCUUUGUCAACCAGUUCAGUGGAAUUUUCGCAUUUGUCAACUAUAUGACAAAUAUUUUCGAAAAUUCUGGUUCUUCAAUUGAUCCAAACACCUGUACCAUAAUAAUGGGCGUACUGCAAAUUGCCGGUACCUAUGCAGCCACACUAUUUGUGGAUAUAUUUGGGCGCAAGAUUUUGAUGCUUUGGUCGACUGGUGGCAUGGCAGUGGGUCUAGGUGCGUUUGGAGCAUAUACCUUUUACGCACAAACUAUUGACCUGUCCAAAUAUUCAUUUGUGCCACUACUUCUAAUGGCGUUUGUUGUUUUUGUUGGUAAUAUGGGUCUGAUCGCUUUGACAUUAGUCCUGUUAGUAGAAAUUUUCCCCGUUAAGAUACGACCAAUAUGUGCGUCUGCCUCGAUGGCCAUUUUAAGCUUCCUGGUUUUUGCAAUGCUUAAGCUUUUUCCACUUCUGAUGCAUACUUUCGGAAUAUCGAUUACAAUGUGGUUCUGUGCAGUGGUGUGUGGAUCCAGUUACUUAUAUUUGCUAAUAUUUCUCAAGGAGACGAAAGGAAAAUCCAUGGACUCCGAUUAAACAGUGUUUAUAUCGACGCCUUAGUACAGGACAACAUAACAUCGAAAUUUUCCAAAUUCUUGUUGUCGCAGAAAUCGUUUCCUUCCAAGCAUAGAAAUACAAUCAUAAAAAAUUUAAUUUGUUCAAAAGCGGUACUAUGUUCGUGAUUCAAAGUGGAAAAUCCAUUUUUUUUGACGACUACAUUUUGAAACACUACAACACUUUUAACGAAAAUAUCAUGACUUUCAUCGCGAGAGCAAACAUGGUAUCAGCUCACGUCGAGAAACAAUGUCAUUAUUAAUAUAAUACAUAGCCCAAUAAAACUUAAAACAAUUUGAAAAAGCACAA